GGAAGCUGGGCUCGUCACAAUGUCUCGUGUCAAUCAAGUGUCUGCUCAAGUUCUAAAGUUUUCAUUCGCCCUUCGACGCCAAGUAGAGAGACUCAUAGAGAGAUCAUCGAACAGCGACGAUGGACAGGAAGACAUUGUUUUCUUUGCAGACUCAAUUGACCCCUGCUUCCAACAUGAUGGCCGACAGGGAGUUCUUCACCGAGGUGACCAGGCUCGUCCCCGCCCCCCCUACUGAGGCCAAACCACCGGGCCUUAACCCCCGCUACCCUCGUGGGUCUAGGCUGCCCCGGUUGGCUGCCCCAGCUGGUGGCAGCAACGAGAGGCUCGUCCUCCGCCCCCCUACUGAGGCCAAGCCGCCGGGCCAUAGCCCCCGCUACCCUCAUGGGUCUAGGCUGCCCCGGUUGGCAGCCCCAGCUGGGGGCAGCAACGAGAGGAUCAACCUCCGCCCCCCUACUGAGGCCAAGCCACCGGGCCAUAGCCCCCGCUACCCUCGUGGGUCUAGGCUGCCCCGGUUGGCUGCCCCAGCUGGGGGCAGCAACGAGAGGAUCGUCCUCCGCCCCCCUACUGAGGCCAAGCCACCGGGCCAUAACCCCAGCUACCCUCGUGGGUCUAGGCUGCCCCGGUUGGCUGCCCCAGCUGGGGGCAGCAACGAGAGGAUCGUCCUCCGCCCCCCUACUGAGGCCAAGCCACCGGGCCAUAACCCCAGCUACCCUCGUGGGUCUAGGCUGCCCCGGUUGGCUGCCCCAGCUGGGGGCAGCAACGAGAGGAUCGUCCUCCGCCCCCCUACUGAGGCCAAGCCACCGGGCCAUAACCCCAGCUACCCUCGUGGGUCUAGGCUGCCCCGGUUGGCUGCCCCAGCUGGGGGCAGCAACGAGAGGAUCGUCCUCCACCCCCAUACUGAGGCCAAGCCACCGGGCCAUAACCCCAGCUACCCUCGUGGGUCUAGGCUGCCCCGGUUGGCUGUGGCUGAGGAGGCUGACGGCCAGGAAGCCUGGAUCACGGCGGCCCACUCCGACACCGUGUCCCCCCGUGCACGGGCUCUGGGUGCCGCCUCGAGCCAGGAGACUUCCCCGGGCCAAACCCCCCCAGGUCCUCUGCGGGCCGCCCCACUGAGCCGCCGUCGGGCGCUCGGAGGCGCUGAGGCGGACCUCCCUGGGACGGAGCGCUCCCAGUCCGGUCACGGCCAGAGGUCCCAGGCCCCAGGCAGCCCGCCGGCCUCUGAUGUUCCUGAAGGCGUGGUGGGCAGAGGUAAGUACUCGUUCAGCCCGUUUCCCCCUGUGCAGGAGCCUCUGAGGAACGGCAGGAUCGAGCGGGAGAAGCUCCGGGGCCAGCCCCCCCACCAGGCAGGGGAAGAGGCCAGGCCCUCUGGGAAGCGGCAAAAAAACGGGGGCCGCUGUUUCCCCAACCAGAGCCUGACCGCUGAGCCCAAGCUGGAGGAGAAGCUGUUGGAUAGCAGAGAUGAGCCGGCCCAGGGCUCCCUCAGCGGCCCCCAGCGAGACCCAGCAGAGCCCCCCAGGCCCCGCCCCUUUGCCAAACCUGAGCUGGCCAUGACACAGAGCCUCACUCUCAUCAGCUCAGAGAACUGGGAGGAGAAGACUGAAGGGCUCAUGGUGCUGCGCAGUCUGGCCCAGAACCAUGGGGACACUCUGCGGCCCAGGCUCCGCGACGUCUGCCUCGCCCUCGUGCAAGAGGUGAAGAACCUGCGUUCGGGCGUGUCCCGCGUAGCCGUGUGCACGCUUGGCGUCCUGUACUGCCACCUGCAGCGGGACAUUGACAAGGAGGUGGACACCACGGCCAGGGCGCUGCUGCACAAGGUGGCCGAGAGCAACGCCUUCAUGCGGCAGGAAGUGGACGCGGCGCUGGGCCACAUGGUGCGGCACUGCACGCCGGCACGCUGCAUCAACGCCUUCCUGGACGGGGGUUUGAGCCACCUGAGCGCGGUGGUGAGGAAGUGCGCCGCCCAGCACCUGGCCGACCUGCUGGAGAGGGUGGGCGUGGCCCGCCUGCUGUCCGGAGGGAAGGACGUGACGGACAGAAUCCUCCCGGCCGUGGUCAAGCUGGCCCUGGACUCCUCCCAGGGACCCAGGUCCUUUGGCCGCCGGAUGUUGCUGUUCCUGUCCUCCCACCAGGACUUUGAUAGCAUGCUGGAGAAGAACAUCCCCACCAAGGACCUUUCCGCCGCCCGCAAGACGGUCAGCGGACUCAAGGCAAAGGGUCUGGGGGAGACGCCCCAGACCCCACCCUCGCUUCCCGGCAGUGGCACCGUCAGGGCCUCGACGCUCAAAAGGAAGCUCCCGAAACCGACCAACAGGGAGCCCAACAGCAAGUACAGCUCCAAACCUCAGGGUCACAUAAUCGAAGACAAGGCUGAGUACAUCAGGCAGCUCACCGCUCUGCUGGAGUCCAAGGAGUUCAGGGAGCGCAUCAAAGGCAUCGACCAGCUGGUGGCCGACUGCCAGGACAACCCCAGCAUGGUCAUCCGCAGCCUGUUCCCGGUGUUUGACGCCUUCAGAGACCGCCUGCAGGAGUCCAACCGUAAGGUGAACCUGUACGCCUUGGAGGCCCUGCAGGAGAUGGUGCGCCUGCUGAAGGACGACCUGUCCGGGGUUCUCAACCACCUGGUGCCCGCCAUCGUGGACAACCACCUGAACUCCAAGAACCGCGCCGUGUACUCGGCCGCCACAGGGGCCCUCUGCGAGCUGGUGCUGAACCUCGACAGCAGCCUCCUCCUGGAGCCGUUCUGCUUCAAGGCACGGGCUCUUAGCGGCCAAGCAAAGGUGGAUCUGAUCGGGAAGGUUGCAGAGCUGGUGACGGAGCUGUACCCCCGCCGGCCCCAGCUGGUGGAGCAGAAGGCGCUGCCCCUGCUGUGGUGCCUGCUGGGCCCGUCCAGCGGCAGCGUGCACCGGGCGACCACCAGCCUGUGCCGAGCCCUCCACCAUCAGAUGGGGCCCGGCCUGCGGCAGAGCGCCGCCUCCCAGCCCCCGAGCGUCGGCAGGGACCUCAACCAGCUGCUGAGAACCAUGUCCUGA